CAAUUAUGAACUGUUGUAAAGGUCUUUGGAAAAGAACUCAAGGCACCCCCAUAAGUAAGCUUGGAUUGUCCUGUAGAAAAAGCGUGAAGAAGAACUCAGAAAAUGGCCACCGCGAUGGAAGUUGACCCGCCAGCGAGUACUUCUGGUGCCUCUAGCAAGCCCGCACAGAAACGUUUCGAGGUUAAGAAGUGGAAUGCUGUUGCACUAUGGGCAUGGGACAUUGUUGUGGACAACUGUGCCAUCUGCAGGAACCACAUCAUGGACCUUUGCAUUGAGUGUCAAGCCAACCAGGCGUCGGCUACCUCUGAGGAGUGCACAGUGGCUUGGGGAGUCUGCAAUCAUGCAUUCCACUUUCACUGCAUCUCCCGUUGGCUGAAGACACGACAGGUGUGUCCGCUGGACAACCGAGAGUGGGAGUUCCAGAAGUAUGGACACUAGAGAUGGGUCUAUGGAGAAACAUCUUUGAGUUGGAGGAAGGAUGCUAGCAGUUGUUAGACAGUAUAUACUACAUGUAAACUAUAUGUUUAUGUACAUACUCUUGAAGACCUCUGUCAGUUACACUGGUUAAAAAAAAAAAACUUGGGAGUUCCAAAAAUAAAAAAGACAAAAUGUUAGGAGAAACAUACACUUUUUGCUACAGUUUUAGCCAAGGGUGAGAACAGACAGAUGUAUUGUGUAUGCAUGGGUGUCAUGUUUGUUUUUUUGUUAUUAUGUAUUGACUAAUACUAGUAGUAUGUUUUUGCUUAAUCAUAUGUAAGUAUUACGUACCUGCUGUUGUCAGCACCACAGUGAUACAGAUGAAAACUUGUAACAAGCAACAUUGUUCAUUUUGAAAGAAAUAAAAUGUUGAUGAGGAGCAUUA